AUGUUCUCAAAUUCCCGCCGGCUCUGCCACUACUCACUUCAAUGGGCACAGCUGAAAACCCACAACCCAUUUCUCGAUUCGUGUAGAUUCCGCCAUUUCAACACAAAGUCAGCUACUUUACCACCAAAAGCCCCCCACAAUACCCCCACAGUGGCAAUUUUCUGGGAUUUGGAUAACAAGCCCCCAAACUCGAUUCCUCCAUUUGAGGCAGCCAUGAAGCUCAAAAGGGCAGCUUCCUCAUUCGGGGUAGUUCAACACACGGUGGCUUACGCCAAUCGGCACGCCUUUAGUUAUGUGCCACAAGCUGUGAGAGAGCAGAGGAAGGAUAGGAAGUUGCUGAACCAGUUAGAAAACAAGGGCGUCAUUAAGCCAGUAGAGCCCUAUGUCUGCAAGGUUUGCGGGAGAAAGUUCUACAACAACGAGAAGAUGGUCAAUCACUUCAAACAGAUCCACGAGAGGGAGCAUCAGAAGAGAGUGAACCAGAUCGAAUCGGCUCGAGGGAAGAGGAGGGUGAAUUUGGUUGGGAAGUAUGCUAUGAAGAUGCAGAAGUACAGGAAUGCUUCGAGGGAUGUUUUGACUCCGAAAACUGGGUAUGGGUUGGCAGAUGAACUGAAAAGAGCAGGGUUUUGGGUUGGGACUGUUUCAAACAAACCACAGGCAGCUGAUGUGGCGUUGAAGGAGCAUAUGGUCGAUGUGAUGGACAAGAAGAAGGCCGAGUGUGUUGUUCUUGUCUCAGAUGAUUCGGAUUUCGUUGGUGUAGUUAAGGAGGCGAAGUCAAGGUGUUUGAAGACCGUCGUUGUUGGCAAUUUGGAGCACGGGGCGUUGAAGAGGGUUGCUGAUGCAGGGUUUUCUUGGCAGGAGGUUUUGAUGGGGAAGGCUAAGAAGGAAGCCAUCUCAGUUGUGGAGAAAUGGAGCGACCGUGAGAUUUUGGAGAGGUUGGAGUGGAGGUUUGAUCCGGAGAAGGAGAGAGACGCUUAUGCUGCUGUGGAUGCAUUCUACAAUGAGACUGCAAGCGGUGGAGAAUUUGAUGAUGAUAGUGUCUUUGGUGGAGGUUAUGAAAUGGGUGGUGGUGUUGUGGAGAGGGAAGAUUCUGGUUCUUGGUGGGAGCUGGAUUCUGAUGAGGCUGUCUCUUAG